UCCUUGCCCCAAAGUUACAGUUUGUUUAGAUUUUUAAAAUCUAGGGAGAAAUUCUGCCAAAAUUCUCAUUGACUUUAAAGGGGCCAGAUUUUCAUCCCUAGGGAAUUUAAAUAAAAACUAAAAACAUAUGAUUCAGAAGAUUUAGGCUGCUCUGUCUAAUCAGGCCUGUUCAGUGGAGCUGGUUGGCACAAGAACAUACCUCCAUCCCAUAAACUGUACUGGCUUCCCUGACGCAAGUUAUUUUUAGUUUAACAUAAAGCCCUCUGGCCUAGAAUCUCAAAGGUAUGGAGACAUUUCACUUCCAUGGGAGUGCGGCGCCUAAAUACCUUUGAGGAUCUAGGCCUAUGUGAUUUGGCAUUUGUCUGGUUUAGAGUAUGGCCGUCUCCUUUGUGAUGGCUAAAAUCAGCCUGAGUGUUUUUGCUGACUGUCUAAGAUGUAUGAUCUUGAUGCAGGCAGUUCUUGGUUGGAAGGUCCCUGUUUGUGGAACUUUCUCAUUCUGGCAGGUGUCAGAUCAUGAAUUUGUUAGCCUUCAGCACGUUGUGCUAGGCUCAUCUUUUCAGCUAAGCCUUUGCUGACUGGAUCUAACCAGAGGCACUGGGACAAGUGCACACUGGUGCAACCCAAGUAGUGGGUCGCUGACAGCAGGAAGUCAGCCUGGAGAAGGGGCACAGUGGUCCAAACCAUCCUUGCCUCUCUUUCCUUCCCUAUCAGAACCCUAGGGGAGAGCACCUGUGCUAUCACAACUGCCUGUAUUUGAGGUUUGAAUCUCUUCUUCAGUGCAGCCACUCUGACAGGCACAGGGGAGCUGCAGAUUGCACCCCAUUAUGCCCAAGGGGUGAAUCUGGCCCUAGCCACAAACUGCCUGAAGACCACAGGUUUGGAAUCAAAAUGUCCGGAAAGAGAAAAAAGAAAAUUAAUAUUUCCAUCAAUCCCGAGAUGCGUCAGCCUGAAAUGAAUGAUACUGAAGUGAGACAAGACAACCCAGAGAGACUGAGCUGUCAUAUGUUGUGCGAAUCCCUAUUAUCGUACGGAAGUGGAUUCAACAAUUUUCAAGGCAUUUUUAACUGGUCUGUAGUCCUAUUGGUCCUCACACAUGUUCACAUGAGCCUGGAGAAUUUCAUCAGGUAUGGACUGCUAUUCGACCCUGUAAAGAUAAUCUCAGUUUUCCUGAAAGACCCCUAUAAGUGGCCAGCAGUAUAUCUCAUUACUGCCGCUGUUUUGUUUGCACUUCCUGCAGUUUUUAUAGAAAGGUAUUUAAGAAAGGUUCGUGGCUCUGAAAGCAUUGGUUUGGUGUUGCAGUCAGUAAACCUGUUUUUCCUGGUAACAUUCCCAGCUGUGAUGGUUUAUAGAAUGCAAGCCAUAACUCCAGCUGGAGGGUUGCUGACCAUGUUUGUGUAUAUCAUCAUUGCCCUGAAACUGUUCUCCUACUAUCAGGUGAAUCGCUGGUAUAGGGAGGGAACCCCCAGACCAGUCAGAGGAACUUCCAGAGUGCAAGCAACAGAUCCUUCAGCCCAUCAGUCCAGAAGGAACGAAAGAGGACAGUCAAAGCAGAUCAUGUACCCAAUGAACCUGAAAGUAAAAGAUCUGUAUUACUUCCUGCUAGCCCCCACGCUUUGCUACCAGCUGAAUUUUCCAAGACAAAAGAAUUGCCGGCAAGGCUAUAUCAUUAGGAGAUUCAUUGAAAUGGUUUUUCUCUUUCAUCUCAUGCUGGGGCUAAUACAGCAGUGGAUUGUACCAAAUAUUCAUAAAUCAAUGAAGCCCAUAAAUGAAAUAGAGUCCACCCUGCUCACAGAAUACAUCUUAAAACUAGCGGUGCCAAAUCAUUUCAUCUGGCUGAUCUUUUUUUAUUGGUACUUUCACUCCUGCCUCAACUGCCUUGCAGAACUGCUUCGAUUUGGAGACCGGCAAUUUUAUCUAGACUGGUGGAAUGCAGACUCCGUCUUACAGUUCUGGUCCAGAUGGAAUAUCCCCGCCCACAAGUGGCUAGACAGACAUGUAUACAGGCCCUUGCUGCAUCACGGCUAUGACAAGUGGCAGGCCCGAAUGACAGUAUUCCUACUCUCUGCAUGUUUCUAUGAGUAUCUAAUUGCCAUCCCACUGAAGAUGUUCCGGUUUUGGAUGUUUUUUGCUAUGGCAGCCCAGGUCCCACUGGCUUGUCUAAUGAAAAGGCUUUUCGGUGGUAAUUUUGGCAACAUCUUCAUGUGGAUCAGUCUGGUCUUGGGUCCUCCCCUCAUGAUGCUCUUGUAUUUUCAUGACUAUUACAUCCAGCACCAUCGGAAGGAUUCAAGCUGGAGACUGUUUUUUUUCUAAUCGACCCCAGUCCUAGUUCCCUUGUGCUCUCUGUCUGUCUGUCUUUAUGUAUGACAGAGGCACCCAAACUUGGCUCAAAUUAGAACCACAGACUGAAGCCACCCUUUUCUUUAAAAUGGGAGGGGUGGCCCAGGCCUGCAAUGCUCCAUCCGGCCACUAGGCUGGAAAUAUAGAAUUGCAUGCUGGUCUCCCCCGCAUAUUGAAGAUGAGUGAGUGCAGAGCUCUGUGGGCCACAUGUAUUUGUUUACUUUGGCCACCUCUGAGCCCUUUGUCUCUUCAAUAGCAAGUUGAUCUUUGGCUCCUGCAGGACUGACUUUAAAGAAUACCUGCAAAGGGUCCCUGAAAAGUCCGGUAACAGCUCUGGAGAUAAAUAUACAUUAUAGUAGAUGCUCUUUAUUCAUAUUAAAAUCCUGCUGUUUAUGAUAA